AUGUGGAGAUUUUUCUUUCAAGAUAUUGAAGAGCUUGGUAAUGAUGAUUAUAGCUUUAAAAUACAUGAUCUGAUGCAUGAUGUUGCCACAUCAUUGUUCCAAAAUGAGUGCUUAACAGUGAAAGGGAGUAACCAAAUUGCUUCCAAAACUUCUUAUCGACAUUUAUUUUUUCAUGGUGUUGAUGGUGAAGUAGCUACUCUGAACUUUAUACGUAGCUUGAGUAACGUGAGAAGUGUUUUGUUUUCUUCAUUGAUUGGAGAAGAUAUCACUAUUAACCAAUCUUUUUUGAAAUUACUUAUUUCAAGAUUUCAAUUCUUGCGGAUGUUACGUUUAUAUAAUCUAAGUAUAGAAGUAGUGCCUAAAGGAAUUGGUAAUCUUAUGCAUUUGAGAUAUUUGGAACUAGCAUCAAACCCGAUUAAAAAACUCCCAAGUUCCAUUUACAAGCAACAAAAUUUGCAAUAUCUUUCACUGUAUGAAUGUGAGCAAUUAGAAGGGUUACCAAGAGAAGUAAAGUACUUAAUUAGUCUUAGAUUGUUGGACUUAACAACAACGCAAAGGCAUCUACCAAGCAAUGGAAUUGGCUGCUUGAAUUCUCUUCGACGUUUGAUCAUUUACGGGUGCAGCAAUUUAGAAUAUUUGUGUGAAGAUAUUGGUCGUCUGAGCGCCCUUCGAAGACUAAUAAUUUUUGAAUGUCCAAAUUUAAUCUCAUUACCACGUGGUGUAAGAAACUUAAGCUCAUUAGAAGACCUUCGUAUCCUGGAUUGUGAAAGGCUUAAUCUUGAUUUGAGCACAGGAUCAGACAAUCAUGAUGAACUCGAUAGCACAGGGCCUUCCCUUCGAUUCCUUUAUAUUUUUAAUUUACCACAACUGGUAAAAUUGCCGCAAUGGCUACUUCAGUGUUCGACAGACACUUUGGGAGAAGUAAUAAUUUCUAACUGUCCAGAAUUGUCAUCUCUACCAGAUGAUAUGAAUCGUCUCACCUCUUUGAGAGAACUCAAGAUUGGUCUUUGUCCUAAACUGAGGGAAAGAUGCAAACCAGAAACAGGUGAAGAUUGGUCCAAGAUUGCUCAUAUCCCCAAGAUUGAACUUGACAGAGAAAUUAUCAAGUCAACCGAAAAUUAG